UCCUUUCAUCUAUUUUGUUUUGUUUUUCUCGCGCUCCCGAGUGUCGCGAAAUGCGACUUGUCUAUUAUAAUUUUUGUCCCUUGUCCCUUUUGUUAAAAAUAUUUUUAUAUUUUUUAUUUCUAUUUUUAUCAUGCGUAAUCAAAUACGCCUCUUCUUCCAAAUUCUUUUCCCAUUAUUCAUUGCACUUUGUAAAUUUUUGUUAUUUUUAUGUAAAAUCCCUCCCACUUUUUUCCCUAUAA